GCCGUACCCAGUGCGGAAGUGCCUGUUUCCGGUGAUGGCCCCGUUGCUGCUGUUGCUGUUGGUCGGGGCCGCGGCUGCUUCUCGGGGGGACCGGGAGCCCGUGUACCGGGAAUGUGUGGCGGGAUGUCAGCAGAUGAACUGUACCGGGGCUCGGCUCCGGGAAUUCCGGGCGGAACAGCCGCUCUACAUGAGACUGACAGGUGGGAGCAACAUUGUGUACGGACAGUGACAGCUCUAUCAGGCUAUGAGUGACAGAUCAUGAUAACCAUUGUGUCCGGGUAGUGACAGCUCUAUCAGGCUAUGAGUGACAGAUCAGGAUAACCAUUGUGUCCGGGUAGUGACAGCGCUGUGAAGCUAUGGAGAUCAGGGUUCUCAUUGUUUCUGGGCAGUGACAGCUCAAUGAAGUUAUGGGUGGCCGGUAGGUUUGUCAAAUCAACCAUUUUUGUUACUCACAUUUAAUUGAUAUAUGCUGAUUGGCAGUGCAUGAAAAGUGCUAUCUUGUGGUAUGCAGCAUUAUUAUUUUAUUUGUAAAGCGCCAACAAAUUCCACAGUGCUGCAAAAUAGGAGGACUUUUAGACAAGUAUUUGCAACAAGACGAGUUGGACCCACAGAAAUAGAGGGUGUUGAGGACCCUGUUCAAACAAGCUUACAUUCUACCAUAAACUCAUAUGCUCCAGGAUGGAAAUCAUUUGGCUAUAAUCAAGCGAGUUCAUUUGAGAUUAUUUCUUGUACAUUGAACUGUUUUCAUUCCCCAUGACAAUUGUACGUCGUUGAGCAGGAUUCUCCAGCGCAACCUAUUGUUCUUGUAAUAUUUUAAUUGUCUCAUUUAUUGUUAAAUGUCCCCCUUUUAUAAUAUUGUAAAUGACUGUAGAAUAAGCUAUAUAAAUACCAGUAAUAGUAAUAAUGCACUGCUCAUAAACAUCAUUCUUGAUUAGAGAUCUUGAAAACUCUGCUAAUCACAGAUGCCCAUUGCUGCUUAUGCUAUGGGCCAAGCUGGACAGAGGGGAUGGGGCUGCUUAAGACUCUCAUUUAGCAUUAAAACAUCAAUUGCGUUAAUGCCAAAUGGAAGAACAUUGCCAGGGAAUUCCAGACACUAUAACCAAUUCAUUGAAAGGAACACUCCAAAAAAAUAUGACUAUUUCAUAAAGAUAACAUUCUUAUGCAAUGGCCAUAAAGACUCUGCUGAAAUUUCAUUGAAAUUCCAGUGCAGUUAAAAAAUAAAAUUGGGACUACUUUGUCUUAUGGUGAAUUCUCAAGUUGACAAUAGGCAGAGGUACCACUGUCAAGUUUUGUCACUUCCCACAGCCGUCUCUAGCAUUGUAAAUGUGACAACCUUAUGGGAUCACUCAAAGCACCAUCACAACUUUGCAUGAAUGCAUAUUUGAUGGUGCAGAGAUAUCCUGGGCCAACGUUCAAUACGGAGGGUGGCUUAAAACUGUAACUGUAAGCCUGUCAAUCAAGUAGCCCAAAACAGGAGUUCCUGGUUGCUUGUGUUAAUUUUGUCCAAGUUUUGUUUGUGAACUGCUACCUAUGCUCUCAUCAAUAUUUCAGGCUGGGCUUGUCUGGAUGACUGUCAGUACCAAUGCAUGUGGCACACUGUAUCCCUGUACAUCAAGGAGGGGUAUCCAGUCCCACAGUUCCAUGGGAAGGUGAGUGCAGUUGGACUGUUAACAAUGACUAGAUUAACAAGACAUAUCAUACUUUUACAUGCUAUCCAAUUCACAUUAUUUUCUAGACAUUUUAUUUUAAAAAAAAAUUGCCUUCAUUUUGCUUCGUUUUCAAAUAUUUUUUUAUUGAAAAGUGUUAUAUUUUAUAACAAUAUAUAUAUAUGUAUUACACUAUCAUUAUUACAUAGGAUAUUUAGACUUAUAGAACUUUACACAUAGAUAAAAUAUUCAAAAUAGGUACAAUAAUAAUAUAAUUACAUCAUUAUAAUAUAUAUAUUUUUUUGGGGGGAUAAAGAAAAUUGUCUUUAUGAAACAUAGGUAGAUGGGAAAAGAAGAUCAGGAAAGGAGGGGGUAGGGCAGGACUUGACAAAUCCCAGGUGCCCGGUCGCCAUGGCGACUUGAAAUUUUGCCCAGGUGCCUGGGAUUAGAAGCCCUUUAGCUAAAGGCAGGAUGGGGGGAACAAUGGGGCUGGCCGGUCGGCUCAGUGUCGCCCUGGUCUGCAUGGAGGCGGCCGCCCUGGGGAUCGUGCAGUCUGCAGGCUGUGGCAGAGCGGGAGGGAGCAGUAAUCUUCCUGUAGCUCCUAUCUGCUCCCUCGCACUGUAUAGUGAUGCCGAGAGCCGGAAUAUGUCGUCAUUCCGGCCCCGGCAUCACUACAGGGAGGAGACAGGAGGUACAGGAAGAUUACUGCUCCCUCGCACACAAGAUGAGCGAGCAGCCCCACUGGACCCCAGGGAAAGUCCACUCAGCUCUCCCAGGUAGGAUGGUGGACUAGGUGGAUUAAAAUGGAACAUGCCAAUUUGUGUGUGUGUGUGUGUGUGUGUGUGUGUGUGUGUGUGUGUCUGUCUCUCUCUGUCAGUGUGUGUGUCUCUGUCAGUGUAUGUCUGUCUCUCUCUCUCUCUCUCUCUCUCUGUCUCUCUCUCUAUGUCUCUCUCUCUUUCUCUGUCAGUGUGUCUGUGUGUGUGUGUUUAAGUACCUGCACCCCUACGAUCACAAGAGAGGUGUUUUUUACUCCCCUUCUUUCCCACGCCGUGCCAGUUUUUUGCGGCUUGUCCUGCCUUCAUGACUGAAAUAAUCAAUCUUUAAGAUCUCAGCUAAACAGAUAUUAGAACAUAUUGCGCAUACUUCGCUAGUUUAAAAAACGGGCUCCUAACCUUUUCUAUCUGGAUCCUAGAUUCCAAACAAAUUUGUCAAGCCCUGGGGUAGGAAGAUAGAGGGAGAGUUGGAGCCCUUAUUGUUUACAUUGUGGUGUGCGAAUAUUUUUAAUUAGUUGUGGUAAUAUUCCUACUAUAAUACCUUUUGGUAUAUCAUAGGUAGGUAUGAUAUAUUCCGUAAACAACUUCAACGGGUUUAUAUCCUUUUAAUUUGAUCAGAAUAUUAGCAAUGAAAGAUAUUAUCAUAUUUUUCGCUCUAUAAGACAUACCUGGCAUUAAGACGCACCUAGUUUUUAGAGUAGGAAAACAAUAAGAAAAAAGUGUUCCUUACCACCCACUCCCCCCCCGUCCCAUAGUGUUCUCCGCCCCCCACCCCUUGUCCCAUAGUGUUCCUUAUCACCCACUCCCCUGCCCUGUCCCAUAGUGUUCCUUAUCACCCACUCCCCUGCCCUGUCCCACAGUGUUCCUCAUCACCCCCCACCUUUCCCACAGUGUUCCUUAUCACCCCCCCACCUUUCCCACAGUGUUCCUCAUCACCCCCCCACCUUUCCCACAGUGUUCCUCAUCACCCCCAACUUUCCCACAGUGUUCCUUAUCACCCCCCAACCUUUCCCACAGUGUUCCUUAUCACCAACUCCCCGUCCCAUAGUAUUUUUUAUGUUCCUCUGUGUCCCUUGUUAUUGUUAUUCAUUUAUACAUUGUAACCAUAUCUCUCCUUUGGGUAAAUUCCAACUAAAAAGCUAAUCCGUUAAGCCAAUACUGCUAAAAUGCAACUCAACACUAAUGUCAUUGACUGCUGAAAUGAAACUUGUUCUCAACGUAAUUCCCAAAUAGAUGGAUGACCACAUUAAAGUAUUGUUUGUAAUUAUCAUUAUGGUCCAUUAGUAUGAAAUGUUUCAUAGGGAAUAUUUAUAUGUAUCUAAGUAUUAUUUUCUCUCUCUUUUCUGGAACAGUUUAGAAAGAUGAAGGCUACACAUUUUUAAUAAUCUGCCCUUUCCUUCUCUCCCCGCCAGUGGCCAUUCUCUCGAUUCCUGUUCUUCCAAGAGCCAGCCUCUGCCUUGGCCUCUUUCCUCAACUGCAUAGCUAAUAUCUGGAUGCUGCGGCGCUAUCGCUCCACCGUCCCUUCCUCUUGCCCCAUGUAUCACACAUGCCUGGCUUUCUCCAUGGUAGGUUCUACCCUUAUGUUAGUGACAGAAGGACCUUGUUUAAAAAGCUCAUGUCCAUAACUGUCUUCUUCUCCUGUGCUGCAGAUCUCCAUCAAUGCAUGGUUUUGGUCCACAAUAUUCCACACAAAAGACACAGCAAUUACUGAAGUAAGAGCUAGGAUUAAUGGUUUCUUCUAAAUGACAAUUGAUUUCACGUAAUUACUGAAGUAUGUUCCCAUAUCCAUAUACUGUUGUCAUUGUCUGAUCCCACAGAAAAUGGACUAUUUUUGUGCCUCUUCAGUUAUUCUUCACUCUAUCUACCUGUGCUGCAUGAGGUAAGCUCCUGGGGUAAAGUUCCUACUCACAUAUAUCUUCAUCUUUUCUUCUCCAUUUUUUUACUUUCUUCUCAUUUUUGCUUUUUUUGCUCUCCGUUGUUCCCAUCCUCUCUCAUAUUGCUGGUUAUAAUUUUGGAUCUCUUCUUCUCUUUAACCAGCUUGCAUGAACUCAUUAUGCAUUUUCCGGCAGUGCCCGGUUCCUGUGUUCCCUGGCAGUGUCUGCUUUCCACAUGCUGAUAUCCUGUGUUCCCCCAGGACUCUGGGUCUGCGGUACCCUUCCCUUGCCAAUGUGUUUGGUGCUGUCCUGGUGCUCCUGUUUGCAUGCCAUGUCUCCUACUUGACCCUUGGGAGCUUUGACUACAGCUACAAUAUGAUGGCAAAUGUCAGCCUUGGUGAGUUUGCUGAAGUUUUUGACUCGAACUGUGUUACCGGACUUGAUGUCUCUUAAUUAUGCAUAUUAUUGACCCUUCCUGUAUCCCUUACUGCAGGAAUUGAUUUAGAAUCUUUCGUAGAUAAAAUAAAUGUAUCACCAGUACAAUGACAUACACACAACACUGUAAAACUCACCUAGAACACACAUGAGCAAUACAGCACCUAGAACGCACACAUCGUGCUGUAUUGCUCAUGAACCAUAUGUUAUGACUCCAGAUCGGCAGAUAUGUGGGACGAGGCCGUGUAAUUUAAUAUAUCCUUUAGGAGUCAAUUUUUAGGAUAAUUGGUGUCCAGUGAUGAUCUAGUCCUCCAUGAUUUAUGUAUGUAAGACAAAGGCAUACCAGUGUCAUUUAUAAUGUAAUCUUAAAUACUUUGCUGGAGACUCAAAGUAAUAGGAAUGAUGUCGAGAAGUGGAUAUUAAGAGGAAAUACAAGCAUUACAGUGUACAUUAAUCCAACUCAGAGUCAUUUUGUUUCCAUCAGCUGUCAUGUGAUAUCACCGCCAUUUUGUAAGAAUGUAACAAGGCAUAUUUCCGAUUCAUAGCACAAGCCUACUACUGGUGCUUUAUCCCCAUUUCCUUUCAUCUGCCCUGUCUCUCGUUAGGCUGUGAGUGGUCAUCAGCUAAUUACCUUCUAUUUUGUGUAAGAUAUCCAGAAUGUCAGUUUUACUGUAAUGUGAUAUUGUCUCUUUCUGAAUAAUAAAACAGAUGAGGCCACAAACAACAUAUAACACUGAUACUAUGGGAAGACAUUUGGAAAAUUAGAUAUUAAUGUAUGGUUUUCUUUUUUCUUGACUGUUAUUGUAGUUCUACUUAAACAAAGAGCAAGAUUAGAUGUUCUGGAUAUUGCUAGUAAUAUUCAGUAAACUAUACCAUAUCACGUCUUCUUUAUUUUCUUAGAGUUUAGAAUAUAGUAAAUUGUGAGAUAUUUCUUGUUAUUAGCAGGCAUUAGUGAGUCAAGCCAAUUGUAAUAUGUAUGUAUGUUCCUCUGUCUAUUUUUAUUUUUAACCUUUGGGAGGGUGGGGGGGUUUGAUCCAUUACUAGACUGUAUAAUAUACAUCGGGUUAUGAUUAUAAUGAUCGUGCCUGAGCCCUUUAUGUUACCAAACCUUUCCUGGUGUCCACCCAUACAUCUGAGUGCAGGACAGGAAGGCAUUAGAUAACCAAAGGGCAGAGCAAGUUUAUUAUAGAAAGAGCUAGGAUCAGCCAGAAAAGGGGAUGCAAUUGAGCCUCACUAUGUGUAACUGUAUUACUCUGAGAUUGCUUUAUAGGAUGACCUGUAACCUUGCAUGUCCCAGACAGAUCCAGAGCUUUCUCUGUGCUAAAAUGAUUCUCUAUAUCUGCAGGUUAAAUUAACGUUUAUGUGCAGGGGCAGAUUAUUUGUGAAAUGUAUAUCCUGCAUAUUCCUUGAGUUAAUUACUAUCCCGUAUAUCUCGUCAAUGUAAUCCUUUACUUCAAGCAGAUGACAACCAGUGGAGUUACAAUACAUUGAGUGUAGUGACUAGUAUUAUAGAAAGGUUUAUUAAAUUACCACUAGUAGCCUUUUUUUCUGACUGUCCAUGACGUGUACAUAUCACUCUAAAACCAGGUAAUGUUGACACACUGUACGUUUCUGUAAUGCACUUUACAUUCAUACACCUCUUAAAUACUUAUGGAGCUUUGUAGUAGAAUGAGACUUACUCUACAUCACUGCGGGACUCUGUUAUACACUAACACAUACUUUACAUUACUAUGUAGUUGUGUGCUACACUCACACAUGCUGUGCACUACCGUGGAACUCUGUAAUAAACCCCUACAUUAAACUGAAGCUCUUUAUUAUGCUUACAAAUACUUGGCAUUAUUGUAGAACUCUAAUACACUCAACGACUGCAUUACUUCUGAGCUGUGUAACACAGUCAGCUAUACGUUUAAGGUAUUAAAGGAACACUUUUUUUAGGUUUUCGAAAUACAAGAGGGUCAGGUAAAGUGCACCCAGACCACUUCAUGAGAUGACAUGUUCUGGGUGUCUAUAGUGUCUGUUUAAUUAUUGUAAAGCCUUGUAAUACUUUCAUGCACUCUUAUUGGGGAACUCUGUAACACAUGCACAGGUAAACAAACUCGUUUUCCUGGCACUAUAGCGCCCUGAGGGUACCCCCACCCUCAGGGUCCCACUCCCGUGGCGUUGAAGGGGGAGGAAGGGGUUUAUCCUUUACCUUUUUUACAGCGCCGGGCUGCGGCGCUGGAACUUUCCUCUGUAGUUUGUUUUAAAACAGUGUUGUAGUUAUGCUGUUUAGUUGUCAGUGUUUACUGCUUUGUUAAGCUUAUUUACUUAGUGUUUUGUUUUCUGCAGAUGUACAUCUUUUGUCUGUGUCCAUUUCCAUUCACUCUCACAUACCAUUAAAUGCCGUGACACUGGCAGCUGCUAAGAAUGAUUGCGGGCAGUUUGUAAUGUGAAGUAGUUCUAUGAAGACAAGGUGCUUCUCUUUUUUGUUCAUGUUUUCUGUUCUUUGGUUGCUCUGCCUAGAUGUGCCUUAUUGCACUUAUUAAUGUAUAUAGCAAUAUUUAACUUCUCUCACAUAUGUGUGUUUUCCCACAGUUAAGUGCUGGAAAUACCCAAGUUAAUAUUUUUUUUUUUCUCUCCAAAAAUGCAGCUUUAUUGGCUCAUUAUAUCAUUUUAAUUUUGGUACAUAUGAUGUGACGUUCAUUGAUUUCUAAUAUAUUGACACAUUCUGUUUCUUUCUUCUGAUGUAUCUAUUCAGGCAUGGUGAACCUGGUGUGGUGGCUGGCAUGGUGCAUGAGGAGACGCUCUCACCAGCCUUACCUCUGGAAGUGCGUGCUGGUUGUGGUCCUAUUACAGAGCCUGGCACUGCUGGAGUUGCUGGAUUUCCCCCCUUUCCUAUGGGUGCUGGAUGCCCAUGCACUCUGGCAUUUCAGCACCAUUCCACUGCCAUUCCUCUUCUUCAGGUAUGAAGUCCUAGGGAAUCUUUGCAGAUCUAUCUCAUAAGGCAUUAACCUGCAUGUGCUCCAUUUAGGCAGAAAUGGAUGGCCAUCAGGAAGCCAUCUUUCACUGCUACCACAGAGAGAUUAUUCUUUUUAUAUGAGGUCAGUAAAGAGGACCAAAAUAGUGUCCUUUCUAUUGAUUGCAUACAGAUACCAAUAAAUCAUUGUUGGCAGUUUGAGUGAUGUGUUGAGUAAAGUAAAAUGUAUUAUUAAAAGUACUUGCAUUUCCUUCCUCCGAUGUACUAAAUUCUUUAUAAAUGUUUGCUUCUUAUAAGAUUGCAAAGGUUACAACCCACCCUCCCAUUUUAAACAACGUAAGUCCUUGAUUGGUAGUGAAAUUGAGUCUUCCAAAACCUGAAUGAGGGCAAAGAAAGGUUUGUAUAUGGUGUGCAGUAAUCACCACUUUUUAGAGGGAAGUUCCCUAGAUAAUGCACAAUUAAAGAGUAUGUAGAGUCUUAAAGGGACCCUAUAGUCACCCGAACAACUAUAGCUUAAUGCAGUUGUUCUCAUGAGUAUAAUCAUUGCCUUCAGGCAUUUUUAUACAAACACUGUCUUUCUAGAGAAAAAGGCAGUGCUUACAUUGCCCUCUAGUGGCCAUUGGAGGUGCUUCCUAGUGCAAUGCUGCACAGUAGGCAGCACUGCCGUUCAGCGUCUCCAUGUUCUGCAUGGAGACGCUGAAAUUUUCUCAUAGAGAUGCAUUGAUUCAAUGCAUAUCUAUGAAGAGGUGCUGAGGCUCUACCAUUUACCCAUGUUUGCAGUUCUAUAUUUAGCACUAAGCAGUUUCAGUGUGUUUGUAUGGAAUAUGUUUGUAUGUGGUGUUGGUGUGAUUGCAAGCAUGUAUUUGUGUAGUGUUGGUUUUUGAAUGCAGGGGUGUAUUUACAUAUAAUUUUGGUGUGUAACACAGACAUGUGUUUGUACGUAGUGCUAAAAUUUGAAUGCAGGGGUGUAUUUGUGUGUAGUGUUAGUGUGUGAAU